CCAGUGCUACGCGUGGAGUGGCAAGGACGCCAGAUCCGACAUUGUUUGCUGCCAGAUAACGCUCCUAAUCUCCCUCUAACCUCAAAAUGAGUGCUCCGGAAUCGUUGCUAGCGGCAUAGUGUACGCGUCGCUUAUCCAGUGCUUGUGCUUUCGAAGUUUCUGUAGUUUCCCAGUGUUUUGUGUACAUAAACUCGCAGCAGAGGAAUCGGAAGAAACGCAUAAUGGUUCUCCUAGCUAAGCAUGUGAUGACAACCGUCUAACGAGUCAAGUAAGCAAUGCGUUCUCUAUCACCAAACCGAUAAGCUAACGGUGUGAUCUCCCAACAAACCUCGCGAAUCCCAAUUUUCCAAGGCAAAAGACACAACAGCCGAUCUAGUAAUGGCGACGAUCUGCUUUCGCCCUCCCCCCUUGCCCCCCAACAAAAAAUCGUCCAGCAUCUUCACCAACGUCGGUCGGCAGCGCGCCAAGCAGAACCACGGCCUGCUGAGCUCCACGUACCUCAGCUUCCGCGACCCGAUCGACGACGACGUCGAGGAGAUCGAGCUGGCCAACUUAAAACGCGACGCCGGCGUCGGCGACGGCCUGAGACGGUGCCGUAGAGUGUCGCACACGAACUCCCUCUGCAGGAACAAGGACGCCAAGGCGGUGAUGACGCGCAGCCACUCCGACGGCAACCUGGACAAGAAGGGCUCGUCCACGUUGAGCCUCAACAGAUACAUGAAGGUCCUCAGCGGCAGCUGGAGGAACCUGCUGAAUCGUAAGUUACCCAAGCCGACUAAAACCGAUGAAGUAGGUGCGCUGUGA